AUGUAUAAUAGAUUAUAUGGUUACAAUGAGAACGCCAGCAAUUUUGCAGUGCACUGGGACACAUCUCCAUUUGUGUCUGAUUUUGUAAGCAAGCCAUGUAUGAGGGAGGUGAAACUUGAAGCCACCGGCGAUGAGAGCGACGUGAUCCAGGCCGUCACGGUGGAAAGGAGCGCGGACGGGAAGCUGGGCUUCAGCGUGCGCGGCGGCUCGGAGCACGGCCUGGGCAUCUUCGUCACCACCGGCGAUGAGAGCGACGUGAUCCAGGCCGUCACGGUGGAAAGGAGCGCGGACGGGAAGCUGGGCUUCAGCGUGCGCGGCGGCUCGGAGCACGGCCUGGGCAUCUUCGUCAGCAAGGUGGAGGAGGGCAGCUUUGCAGACCUGGCGGGCCUGUGCAUUGGAGACAAAAUCACGGAGGUGAACGGCGUCAGCUUGGAGAGCAUCACCAUGGGCAGCGCCGUCAAGGUCCUGACGGGGAACAACCGGCUGCGGAUGAUGGUGAGGCGCAUGGGCAAGGUGCCGGGGAUUAAAUUCUCCCGAGAGAAGACCACGUGGGUGGACGUGGUGAACCGGCGCCUGGUGGUGGAGAAGAACGGGCCCAGCCCGUCGGCCUGCAGCUCCGAGGAGGGCGCCAGACGCAUCGUCCACCUGUACACCACCUCCGACGACUACUGCCUGGGCUUCAACAUCCGCGGGGGGAAGGAGUUUGGUCUCGGCAUCUACGUCUCCAAGUACGAGACGGGCCGUUUCCCCGCCUACAAGGAGCUGGUGGCCGAAUACUGCUGGCUGAGUCAGUUGACCAACGGCCAACUACAGCAGCUCUCACAGGCCUCAGAGACCAGCUCCUCCAUCUCCUCCUACUCCUCCAGCACCCCCUUCAGCUCCCUGAACGGGCGGCCCCAGCCCCCGCUCUCCGGCCUCGCCCCGGCCCACACGGUGGACGUCUCCAUCUCCACGGAGGAGCCUCCGUACGUCAGCGAGGGCGGUGUGGAGGACUUGGUGCGGCCGCUCCUCGCCAUCCUGGAGCGGGCCGAGAAACUCCUUCUCCUCAGCGAAGGGACGUCAG